AUAAGGAAAAGCGAAACAACCGCUCUCUUCUUCUUCUUCUUCUUCCACUCUGCUCUACUAUGCCCUCUGCUCUCUUCUUCUAAUCCACUCCCAAACCAGCUACUGAAUGUCUCAGCAUUUCCUCCCAAUCCUCCUCUAGACGACAACAACAAAGAAAAACGACAAACGAAAUGUCGACGAUGUCAAUAUCAUCCUCAAUUGCUUACCUUCCUCGCAAACCAAGCCUCAAUUGCAGUCUCCGUUCGUCGUUUCUCAGCCCUCUCUCGCUCUCACCCAAUGCGACAAAGAACAGCCUCAAAACGACAUCGGCGGCGAAGAGACAAGCCGUCGUGGCGAUGAGCAUGGAGGCCGGCAUCGGAGUCAUGGCGACGAAGCUCGGGAUGAUGAGCUUCUUCGAGAGCGACGGCAAGGUCGUCCCCGUCACCAUCGUCGGCUUCAAGGAAGGUAAUAUCGUCACGCAGGUCAAAAACCUAGCCACCGACGGAUACGACGCCGUUCAGGUCGGAUACCGCCGCGUCCGCGACCGGAAGCUGACGAAGCCCGAGUUCGGCCACCUCCAGAAGGCCGGCGCCAUCCCGAUGCGCCAUCUCCAGGAGUUCCGGCUCCAAUCGGUCGAGGGUUUCGAGCCGAACCAGAAGCUUGUUUUCGAAGAGAUCUUCAAGGAAGGGGAUUUGGUCGACGUCGCCGGAAUCACAAUCGGCAAGGGUUUCCAAGGCGGAAUCAAGAGGCACAACUUCCGGCGAGGGCCGAUGACGCACGGGUCGAAGAGCCACAGGGCUUUGGGGUCGAUCGGGGCCGGGACGACGCCCGGGAGGGUUUACAAGGGGAAGAAGAUGCCCGGGAGAAUGGGAGGGACGAAGACUAAGAUCAGGAAGCUUAAGAUUGUCAAGAUUGACACCGACCUCAAUGUGGUUAUGAUCAAGGGUGCUGUCCCCGGGAAGCCCGGGAAUCUGCUCCGGAUCGCUCCGGCGAAGAUCGUCGGCAAGAACAUUCCCAAGAAUUAGGCCGGUUUUCGGCUUUAAUUUCCUUCAAAAGCGAUUUCCUAGGCAAGCUUUUGGUUUUGUCUAAAAAAGAAGUCACUCCAAGCAAGAAGUGGAAAAACAUGGAAUUUGGGUCUACGUACAUAUGUGCAAAAGCAUAAUCAUGCCAUGGAGAGGAUUACACAGAUGACAAGAGAUCAGACCAGGUUAUACAGAACCAAGAAGAGCAAUAGUAGAAUCAUCCCGAAUCCGAACCCAUCACCACCAUCGGAUGCGGAGGCGUAGCCGUAGCCAAAGCAUGACGACCCGAGCGUGGGAAAGUAGGAAGAGAGCAAGUGUAUGAGCAAGACUAAAAUUAGCAGCACCAUUGCAAGGCCUGAUCCCAGUUGAAGAAUGGGGAUUACAAUCUCCCAAAGGGACAAUAAGAGAGGCCAACAAAUGAGCAAUCCCAAGGUUCCCACCGUUAGGAAAGGUACCAAUGGUGAUGGCCCCACCCUUUCUCUCAUUGCC